CCCGGCCCGGACUGACGAGAGGAACGCCGAGACGCUCGAGAUGACGAACGAGCUGAGGGAGGACCACUCCUACGACUUCAGUUUCUCCACAUCCAACAACAUCGAGCGCGAAGAGUCGGGCGUCUCGUAUCCGGGCGCCGAGCCGGAGACAGGCAACUACGUGCAGUCGGGCAGCUACGAGUUCAUCCACCCGGACGGCAGCAGCACCUCGCUGUCCUUCAUCGCCGACGAGAACGGCUACCAGCCUGAAGGCGACGUCAUCCCCGUGUUCUUGGGUCGAGUGGACAUCCAGGACGCCUGA